AUGGACCUCCUUUCCCAACCAAUCAGCUUAUUGUGCCAAGGCUCUAGUGCCCAGGCUCUCCAUAAGAACCACAAAGGCAAUAAUGGGCUUGGCACUGGUUUUCCAACUCCAUCUGGAGAUCAAGCCCUCCCUCACCAGGCUGGUUUUGUCAAGAGAGCAUGCAUCAUUCUUCAUCAGCAACUGGUUAAAAGAUAUUCUUGCCAUACUCCUUGGGCUUCCAUAGCUUCUUACACUGCCUACACUAGUGGCAACUCUGAGUGGGCAGGUUAUCCCAUGGCAGGCCACUCCUUUUUGCUGCCUGUUGGCUGA